AUGUCUGACUAUACAUUCCCAGAGGUUCCAUCACAAAAGGAAUUAGAUGAACAUAAUGUUCCAUUCUUAAACAGAGAUCAUUGUGCUUCUCAUUUAAUCAAUUACUACAAAUGUUUAGACAAAGGUACUAGUUUCUGUUCAACCACCAAAGAUGAAUUCUACAAAUGUCAAUAUUAUAGUUUGAAACAAAGAUUACAAAAAGCUGAUCCUCAUUUCCAUUAA